GAGUUGUCGCGAGGGGCCGACGGCUGUAGCGCUGGACCCUUGGAGCAGAACGGAAUGACGUCGCAGACCAGCAGCCCCAGGCCCUGCAGAGUUUGACCCGGGAUGGAGCUGAAGGUGUGGGUCGAUGGAGUUCAGCGCGUGGUCUGUGGGGUCACAGAGAACACAACCUGCCAGGAAGUGGUCAUUGCUCUGGCUCAAGCCAUUGGUCGGACAGGACGCUACACACUGAUUGAAAAAUGGAGGGACACCGAGCGGCAUCUUGUUCCUCACGAGAGUCCGGUGGCCUCUCUGAACACUUGGGGGCAGUAUGCCGGUGACGUGCAGUUUAUCCUACACCGCACAGGCCCCUCUCUCAACGAGUACCCCCCAACUGAAGGUCUGACUCCUCGGGGCCCAGAGCGAGGCUUGCAUCGGCAGAGCCUUCCACUGAUGGCCAAGCUCCGAGCUCCAGGUGACCGUUCCCUCCGUCGCCGCGAGCCACGGCGCAAAUCUCUGACCUUCACCGGCGUGCCCCGCAGUCUGAGGGACAUCCUGAGUGGAGGCAGGCUCGGCGACAGUAGUGCCAAACAACGAGAGGUUUUAGUGAGAAGUGCCCACAAUUCGCCGUCAAUGUCCCCUCGCUUAUCAGGCAACCGGAUGGAGGAUCUUACCCAACUGGUGAGGCUGCAAAGGGAGACUCUUUCCGUUCUAGACAGCAGGAUGGAUGCAUACGAGGGAGAGCUUCGGAUGUUGACUGAGAAAAGAGUUGGACUACAGGAUGAUGAACUGUAUUUGAAGAUAACAGAGGAGGUUUCAAGGUUGGAAAAGCAGGUGCGAAGGAACAAGGUAGAGAUCGAGGAAGAGGAGUUCUGGGCAACUGAGCUCCAGAUUGAGCGGGAGAGCGAGAGGCAGCUGCAGGAACGAAUCCAGGAGUUGAGCAGUCGGCUGCGCAGUUGUGAGGGGGAUCUGGAUCAGCGGCUGGUGUCUCUGCAGGGUGUACAGGCAGGGAUAGAGGCUCAAAGGCAGCGUAAGGAGACCAGAGAGACCCAGCAGGCCAGUGAAGGGGAAGUGAAGGCUAGACUUCAGAGACUGAAAGCAGAACUCAAGGCUCAGGCUCAACACACGGCCCAGCUUGAAAACAGCUCAAGAGCUGUGGACCGCUCACUGGCCGAGUCGUGCAAGAGAAUGCAGGAGAGUCACUAUGAGCUGGAGCAGCUGACUAAAGAGUUGAGGCAGGUAAACCUACAGCAGUUUAUUCAACAAACAGGCACCAAAGUCACGGUUCUGCCCGUGGAGCCUGGCGAUGAGGACUCUAGCAACACAAGAGAUGAUAAAGACUUCGCUGCAUUAACUGGCUCGCUGAAACGCCCGGGUUCAUCUUACCCUGUGGUUGGCAGCAUCCGUGGACUACAUAGUCCAAUCUCCUCAGGUUUGAAUCCUGAAGGCAUCUACGUUUGAGCACCAAAAACCUCUCCAUAUACGUUCUCGGCUGAAUUAUUUUUAGUAGUUUUUCAAUACUUGACCACAAAGAACUGUAUACCAUUUCAAAUACAAACAAAAGUAUUCUGAUCAUUGCAGUGUCUACUAUUUGAAAGUGGUACCCGUAACCUUGUCACACAA